CCAGAGCUUGUGUGCAGAUGCUAGCUGAGUUAGCUCUGAGCGUUAGCGGUGAUGUUUCCUCACAUUUCUGUUCGUUUUAAUAUGAAAUAUUAGUUCAGUGAUGGCUCUGACGCCGAUUAAAGAUGGCGAGUACACCGCCACAGUGUACAAAAUGAUUAAGGAUGGACGUUAUGGAGACGCUAUACACAUCCUGAGCACUGAACUUCAGAAACAGAUGAAAUCCAGGGCUGCUCUCUCUCUCCUGGGCUAUUGCUAUUACCACAUGCAGGAUUUCACUAAUGCAGCCGAAUGUUACGAGCAGCUAAUUCAGCUGCAUCCAGAGGUGGAGGACUACAAACUCUACUAUGCUCAGUCUCUCUAUGGAGCAUGCGCCUUCCAAGAGGCAAUGAAAGCCACUUUUCUACUGGACAACCCCACGAGUCACACUAAGAUGGUAAAACUACAAGCUGCUAUCAAAUACGGAGAGGAGGAUUUCCCUGCAGCGAUGGCCCUGGUGGAGCAGCUGCCUGUGGAUGACCCGGACACCGAUGUGGAUCAGGGCUGCCUGCUCUACAAGCUGGGCGAGUAUGAAAAGGCCUGCCUGAAGUUUGUGGCCUCUAUGCAAGUGCUGGGCUAUCAGCCAGAUUUGGCAUACAACAUCGCCCUCUGUCACUACAGCCUCAAGCAGUACGCUGCAGCCCUCAAAUACAUCGGGGAGAUAAUUGAGCGCGGGAUGAGGGAGCAUCCAGAACUUGGAAUUGGCAUGACAACAGAAGGCAUUGAAGUGAAGAGCGUCGGUAACACGCUGGUGCUGCACAAAACGGCGUUGAUUGAAGCUUUUAAUUUGAAAGCAGCCAUCGAAUACCAGCUUAAGAAGUAUGAAGCUGCUCAGGAAGCACUGACUGAUAUGCCACCAAGAUCAGAAGAGGAGCUGGAUCCGGUCACCCUUCACAAUCAAGCGCUCAUGAACAUGGACACAAAGCCAUCAGAGGGCUUUGAGAAGCUGGCCUUCCUCCUUCAGCAGAGCCCUUUCCCUCCAGUCACUUUUGGCAACCUGCUCUUGCUCUAUUGCAAGUAUGAGUACUUUGACCUUGCUGCUGAUGUGAUGGCUGAAAACGCACACCUCACUUACAAGUUUCUUUCUCCAUACUUGUAUGAGUUCCUAGACGCCAUGCUGACGUCCCAGACAGCUCCAGAAGAGGCCUUUCGGAAGUUGGACGAAAUCGCUGGACGACUAACUGAGCAAUUACGCAAGGUUACCAAACAGGUACAAGAAUCACGCCGUAUGAGGGACGACGAAGGCCUAAAAAAAUCUCUUGAAGACUACGAUCAACUUCUGGAGGAGUACAUUCCCGUGUUGAUGGCACAAGCUAAGAUUUACUGGAACCGCGAUAACUAUAACAUGGUGGAGAAGAUUUUCCGCAAGUCGGUGGAGUUCUGCAGUGAGCAUGACACUUGGAAGCUCAACGUGGCACAUGUGCUUUUCAUGCAAGAGAACAAAUACAAGGAGGCCAUCGGAUUCUACGAGCCCAUCGUCAAGAAACACUACGACAAUAUCCUCAACGUCAGUGCGAUUGUUCUGGCUAACCUGUGUGUGUCCUACAUCAUGACGAGCCAAAACGAAGAGGCAGAGGAGCUGAUGAGGAAAAUCGAGAAAGAAGAAGAACAGGUGUCUUACAACGAUCCAGACAAGAAGGUCUUUCAUCUGUGCAUUGUCAACCUUGUGAUCGGGACCUUGUAUUGUGCCAAAGGGAACUAUGACUUUGGCAUUUCUCGUGUGAUCAAGAGCCUGGAGCCGUACAACAAGAAGCUUGGCACAGAUACAUGGUUUUACAUCAAGAGAUGUUUCCUCUCCCUGCUGGAGAACAUGGCCAAGCACAUGAUCAUGCUGAGGGAUACAGUGGUUCAAGACUGCGUCCAGUUCCUGGAGCACUGCGAGCUGUACGGAAAGGAUGUGCCGGCCAUCAUCGAGCAGCCCCUGGAGGAGGAGCGCAUACACAUCGGCAAAAACACUGUCACGUUCGAGGCCCGCAUGAUAAAGGCCUUGUUCUAUGAAGUCACUGGCUGGAACGACUAGGGUUAUUAACGUCCUUUUAAUGUUCGUAAUGGUAAAAUUAUGCUGGGGUUGUUUUUACAGGACACUCCCGAACAUGACCAGUACGUUCUGAUUAAAAGAACAGUCCAGCAUUUUUCACCCUGAUCUCUAUCUGUAGCACAUGGUUAAUUACCAUAGACUGUAAUUUCCCUUUACCUUCUAAAAGAACAGAAAAAACAUUGGCUCACAUUUAUCAGCUCCUCACAGUAAGAAUGCUGAUCUGGGGUCAGCUUACAGCUUUUAUAUAACACAAAGUCAAAUUACAAGAACUGGAAAUACUUGAUAAAUAAGGGCCAUUGACUGGAAACACACUGAUGCAGCUGCCCAUAGCUCUCUAUUAUAAGUGUGCUUCAAUCAAAAUAGCUCAUUUUAAAGCUUAGUACUUUUUUAAAAUAAUUGUUUAAUGAAAAAUCAAAUGUACAUAACUUUCCACCAACUUUCAGCCGAGCCAAACACUAGAAGUAAAUAGUCACCCAAAUCUUUUGUUUUAAUACAGCCCCAAAACUUCUCUCAAUCCACUCAAACUGCAUCCAGGUCCCCAUUAAGCUACAAGCUGAUUGUUGCCAAGAAACACUAGAAGUCCUUAGUCACCAAAAUCAUUUACGUAAAUACGCCCUCAAAACUUCUCUAAACUUACUUAAACCACAUCCAGCUCCUCAUAAAGGCUGCACUGGGUUGUUGAUGUAGCCAUUGUAGCCAACAGGUUUUUCACUAUAUAAACUAUACAAAUAUUCAGGUAGAAAAUUUAAUAUUACUAAUUAUUUAUGAACAGAAGCAGCACCGUCUGUAGUGUAUAUGCUUAUGUGCGUCCAUAGGAAUCAGACUUUGGUACAGUAGCUGAAUUCAGCCACACAAAGUAGUUUUGUUCAUGUUAAUAGCUCACAGUAAGUCAUACUGUAUCCUAAACCACACGAACAAGUGUGACCUGAAUGAAGACGCGGUUUGAGAGACAUUUUCUGGAUGUACUUAUGGAAAAGAUUUGGGUGACUAUUGACUUGUAGUGUUGGUUAGCAGUGCUAGUCUUGUAGCUCCAGCACUAAGCUAAAGAAGCAACAUUUGGACACCAAACAUGUCUUGGCUGAUCAACGACAUCUAGGCUAAGUGGACAAUUGUGUGCAUGAGAUUUUUUUGCCAAAUAAUUCCGUAUCAAUUCAAUACCAGCAUAUCGCUGCUGUCGGGAAAA